AUGAGAAAACUGAUCAUUUAUCAAAUCGAUUUGGCAGUGGUGGAGUUGAAUCUAUUUUACCAAAUUACAUACUUGGUCAAAAUUGCUGAGCAUCUUCUCACCGGCCACAAGGUUGCUAUCAAAAUCUUCAAUUGUCGUAAGAUCAAAAACAUGCAAAUGGAAAAACAGAGUGAGGAGGGAGACUAA